AGUCGCCUAGCGGCUUUGAGAUCGGGUCUUGUCCGGGUUCCUUCCUAAGUUCCUGUUAGGCCUGGGGUGUUGAAGCAGGCCUGAGAGCCUAGCUCUCAGAAGGCGGAGGGACUGGACCUUUCUCCCUGAAGCAUCAUGGCUCUGACCCCAGAACUGAGCAGACAAACAAAACUGAAAGAGGUAGCAGGGAUCCCACUGCAGGCUCCAACUGUGGACAACUGGAGGCAGAUUCAGACCUUCAAGGCCAAGCCAGAUGACCUUCUCAUUUGUACUUACCCUAAAUCAGGGACAACAUGGAUUCAAGAAAUCGUGGACAUGAUUGAGCAGGAUGGGGAUGUAGAGAAGUGCCAGAGAACCAUCAUUCAACACCGGCACCCUUUUAUUGAGUGGGCACGGCCACCCCAGCCAUCAGGUGUGGACAAAGCCAAUGAGAUGCCAGCUCCAAGGAUAUUAAGAACCCAUCUUCCCACUCAGCUACUGCCACCAUCUUUCUGGUCAAACAACUGUAAGAACACUAUUCUCCAUCUUGAAUGCCAACCUCUCUCAAGCCUCAUCGAAGAUAAAGACUCUUGUCAGGAUAAAGGUAUGGCAUUUGUCAUCGAAGAUAAAGACUCUUGUCAGGAUGAAGGUAUGGCAUUUGUGAUCAAAGGUGAUGAUUUCCAGAACUAA